CUACUGUGGUAGAGCAAUAGUUGUUCUGAAUAGUUCAAUCAAGGCGUUAUCAUUAGCACAGUGUUGUCAAAUUCAAAAUGAAAUUCGUUAUUUUUCUGCUUGGCAUCUUCUUUGUCGUUUGCAUGGCGUUAAAACCCGAAGAAAGGCGCAUGGCGGAAAAGAAGAUACUUGAUGAGUGCAAAGUGAAAGAGAAAGCCUCGGAUGGGGAUGUCAACGCCAUUUUGGAUCGCAAGAGUCCACAGAAUCAUAAUGGAAAAUGCUUGUUAAAAUGUGCCUAUGAAAAAGCCGGAAUUAUUGUUGAUGGAAAAUUUUCGAUUGAUAAUAUGAAAGCGCUGGGUGCUAGGGAAUUACAAAAGGAUGCAAAGGCUCUGGGAAUUUUGAAUGAAAUGAUCGCCGAAUGUAAAUCGGUGACUGAUCCGGAUAUUUGCGAACAAAGCACGAAAAUGAUGGACUGUAUGGUUAAAGCUGGAAUGAAGCGCGGCAUCGACCCAAAGAAGGGCAUUCAGGAAUCAAUUGGAUCCAUCUAAUAUUCGAAUAAUUCGAUCCGUUCAAAUGUGAUUUCUCAGUAAUUUUUUCUCUCUCCAAAGAAUGAUUAACAUUUUUCAAUGUCAAAGAAUCAAUUAACAAUGCAAAUAAAAACAAAACAAAUUUCUUUUAAA